GAUCCCACAGCAUGUGUCCUGACUCCUCCAGUAGGCUCGAUACCAGCCUCCUUGCACCGAAUAGUCACCUCGGUAGCCAUUGCGACAUAUCAACCGCCAUCCCACCCUCGGUACGUGCUCCUACCAACUAUCGAGUAGACUGGUAACGAGUCUGCUCCUCCAGCUCGCCAGAGAUUACCAUUGCUGUUCUGCCAUUCAAAUUCACACGUACUAUCCCGGUCCAGCUCCAGCUCGGCAUUCAUGUUCUUCUUCCGCCGUCCACUUUCCGCUCCAGACGAAAUCUAUGCAUCUUGUCUCUCGACGCUACACGAGGGCCACGCCCUCUGGUACCCGGAGCCGCACGCAUCAGGCGAGCCGCAAAUAGGGGACGUCGGCUUCAUACGCAAGGGAGCAUUCAUCAGACUCUUCAACCUCGACACAUCUGCGCCUGAGAAGAAGGUCAUAGAGUGGGACCCACCAUUCGAAAUCACAGAGCCACUGCCUCAGGGUGUGCUCAAAAUCGAUCCUAGGCGUCGUCCACUCGUCCCCGCCCAUUAUCGCAGUCAUGGAGUCGAGAGCAAGCAGGCGCAUGCUUCGGCAGGGGAGCUGCGUAUCCAACAUGUCCAAGUCCCGCUCAUUGACUUACUUUGACAUCACCAUCGGCGGCCAGCCUGCAGGUUGUAUCGUCUUCCAUCUGUAUGAUGAUAUCGUCCUGAAAACUGCGAAGAAUCGUCAAGCCCACGGUGGGAAUUCAGAAAUUGCAUAUAAGGGCCAAGUGGAGCGCCGCGACUAAGGUUCGUUUCGUGCUCGUAUCCCGACAUCUCUCACCUCUACGCUCAUCCUACACACCUCGAUAUGUCUCCCCGUGAGUCGCUCUUGCG